AUGACAUCACUAGUUUCUUCCGAUGUCGCCAAGCCGCUGGCUGGCUUGUCGCGCGAAAAGAUGAUGCAGUUUAAAGAAAAGACUGAGCGACGCGGUGUAGUGUAUAUUGCUCGAGUCCCGCCGUUCAUGAAGCCGGAGAAACUGCGUCAUCUCUUGGGCAAGUAUGGUGAGCUAAAUCGCAUCUAUCUGGUGCCGGAAGACAAGGUUUUGCACAAAAAACGUGUUAGCGCAGGAGGAAAUCGACGGAUGAAGUAUACAGAAGGAUGGAUUGAGUUUGAAGAUAAGAAGGUGGCAAAGCGUGUGGCCAAGAUGCUAAAUACGACACAAAUUGGUGGCCGGAAACGCGAUUACUACCACGACGAUAUGUGGAAUCUUAAGUACCUUAAAGGCUUUAAAUGGGACCAUUUGACUGAAAAAAUUGCGUACGAAAAUCGAAUUCGCGACCAAAAGUUACGCAUGGAGAUCGCACAGGCCAAGAAAGAAAAUGAGGUAUACUUAGAGCGUGUUGAGCAGUCCAAACAGUUGGAAAAGAUGGAGGAGCGAAAGUCCGAAAAGAAUCGCGAUCAAAAUGCAACAAAUGACGCAAUGCAACAGGUGCGUCGUACAUUCCAUCAAAAAGCUCCUACCAGCAGCAAGCAAAAGCAGUCACUUGGAGAUGAUGAUUUAGAGAAGGUCUUUGAUGCUAGCAGAAAGAACAAGAAAUGCCGUGUAGCUUAG